CCCCGGCCCGGCCGCGCGGCCCUCCUGGGCCAUGGCGAAGAAGAGUGCUGAGAACGGCAUCUACAGCGUGUCCGGCGACGAGAAGAAGGGCCCCCUCAUCGCGCCCGGGCCCGACGGGGCCCCGGCCAAGGGCGAUGGCCCCGCCGGCCUGGGGGCGCCUGGCGGCCGCCUGGCUGUACCACCACGAGAGACUUGGACGCGCCAGAUGGACUUCAUCAUGUCGUGCGUGGGCUUCGCCGUGGGCCUGGGCAACGUGUGGCGCUUCCCCUACCUGUGCUACAAGAACGGCGGAGGUGUGUUCCUUAUUCCCUAUGUCCUCAUUGCCCUGGUCGGAGGAAUCCCCAUUUUCUUCCUGGAGAUCUCACUGGGCCAGUUCAUGAAGGCCGGCAGCAUCAACGUCUGGAACAUCUGUCCUUUAUUCAAAGGCCUGGGCUAUGCCUCCAUGGUGAUCGUCUUCUACUGCAACACCUACUACAUCAUGGUGCUGGCCUGGGGCUUCUAUUACCUGGUAAAGUCCUUCACUACCACUCUGCCCUGGGCCACGUGUGGCCACACCUGGAACACUCCUGACUGUGUGGAGAUAUUUCGCCACGAAGACUGUGCCAAUGCCAGCCUGGCCAAUCUCACGUGUGACCAGCUUGCUGAUCGUCGGUCCCCUGUCAUCGAGUUCUGGGAGAACAAAGUCUUGAGGCUCUCUGCAGGGCUGGAGGUGCCAGGGGCCCUCAACUGGGAGGUGACCCUAUGUCUGCUGGCCUGCUGGGUCCUGGUCUACUUCUGUGUGUGGAAGGGAGUCAAGUCAACAGGAAAGAUCGUGUACUUCACUGCUACAUUCCCCUAUGUGGUCCUCGUCGUGCUGCUGGUGCGUGGAGUGCUACUGCCUGGGGCCUUGGAUGGCAUCAUCUACUAUCUCAAACCUGACUGGUCAAAGCUGGGGUCACCUCAGGUAUGGAUAGAUGCUGGGACCCAGAUUUUCUUCUCUUACGCCAUCGGCCUGGGGGCCCUCACAGCCCUGGGCAGCUAUAACCGCUUCAACAACAACUGUUACAAGGAUGCCAUCAUCCUAGCACUCAUCAACAGCGGGACCAGCUUCUUUGCUGGCUUUGUGGUCUUCUCCAUCCUGGGCUUUAUGGCCACAGAGCAGGGCGUGCAUAUCUCCAAAGUGGCUGAAUCAGGGCCAGGCCUGGCCUUCAUCGCCUACCCCCGGGCUGUCACGCUGAUGCCUGUGGCCCCACUCUGGGCUGCUCUGUUCUUCUUCAUGCUGCUGCUGCUCGGCCUGGACAGCCAGUUUGUAGGUGUGGAGGGCUUCAUCACCGGCCUCCUCGACCUCCUCCCGGCUUCCUACUACUUCCGUUUCCAAAGGGAGAUCUCCGUGGCCCUCUGCUGCGCCCUCUGCUUUGUCAUCGACCUCUCCAUGGUGACAGAUGGUGGGAUGUAUGUCUUCCAGCUGUUUGACUACUACUCAGCCAGUGGCACCACCCUGCUCUGGCAGGCCUUCUGGGAGUGUGUGGUGGUAGCCUGGGUGUAUGGAGCUGAUCGCUUCAUGGAUGACAUUGCCUGUAUGAUUGGGUACCGACCUUGCCCCUGGAUGAAAUGGUGCUGGUCCUUCUUUACCCCGCUGGUCUGCAUGGGUAUCUUCAUCUUCAAUGUUGUGUACUAUGAGCCGCUGGUCUACAACAAUACCUACGUGUACCCGUGGUGGGGCGAGGCCAUGGGCUGGGCCUUUGCACUCUCCUCCAUGCUGUGUGUGCCCCUCUACCUGCUGGGCUGUCUCCUCAGGGCCAAGGGAACCAUGGCAGAGCGCUGGCAGCACCUGACCCAGCCUAUCUGGGGCCUCCACCAUUUGGAGUACAGAGCUCAGGAUGCAGAUGUCAGGGGCCUGACCACCCUGACUCCAGUGUCCGAGAGCAGCAAAGUUGUCGUGGUGGAGAGUGUCAUGUGACGGGCAACCCCAGCUCAUAUCACCAGCUCAUCCUCUGGUAGCCAUAGCAGCCCCUGCUUUAGCCCCCACCCCACCCCUCCAGGGGGCUUGCCUUUCCCUGACAAGUUUUGGGGUCUGCCUGGGGGGAGGGGAGGAAGCACCUUGAGUGCUAAAAUAACUUUUUUCCAUUUUUAAUAAAACGCCAAAAAUAUCACAACCCACCAAAAAUAGAUGCCUCUCCCCCCAACCUCUGGGCCCUAGCCAAGCUGGUCCAUGUGUUGCUCCCAGGCCCAGCCUCCCAACUCUCCUCUCAGUGUCCAGGACCCAUCUCCUACCACUGCUAGGCCCAUCCUGCCCCCAUCCCUAGGCUCUGCUCUGUUAAACAUCCUUGGGUGGCCCCUCACCCCCAGAAGCAGCAGUGGUAGCUUGGGGAACAGGAGGGAAGGGGGAGGCAGGAUGGGGGGGAGGGGUGUGCAGGGGAUCCUAGGUGAAUGUUUAAGCUGGACUGCACCCCUCUCCCCACCCCAUCCCUGUUCUAGAAGCUUAGAGAGCCAGCCAGCAAUGGAACCUUCUGGUUCCUGCGCCAAUUGCCACCAAUAUCAAUUGUGUGAGCUUGGGUCCGAGUGCACGUGUGAGUGUAGAGGAUGUGUAGAUCUCUCUUAGCGAAUACCAGAUGUUAACUGUGCCUCUGGGCAACAGAGGCUUGUAUUUUGCACAUUUUAUAAAAACUUGAGGAGUGAGAUUUCUGCUUGUAUAUUUCUAAAAAGAGAGCCCUAACCAUCCCCUCUCCUUACCACUCCCUUCCCUCUCAGCCCAUCCUUCCUCUUGCCCCUAGCCAAGGAGUGUGAAUUUAUAGAUCUAAUUUUCAUAGGCAAAACAAAAGCUUCAAGCUGUUUGAGCGUGUGAGUCUGUUGAGUGGAUGUGCGUGUGUGGCCCCCAGCCCCACACUGGGGUGGGAAAGUGCAUGGUGGGGGCCUCAAAGGUGUCCCCAUACUGCUCCUUUGUCCCCAAGUCUGUGGGAGGGGGAGGCUGCAGCACUCUGUCCCAGGAUCUGGGGCUGCUCACUUGGCAUGCUCCGGCUUGCCCACACCCUGCUCCCUGGGCUGGGCUCCAUUGCAGGGAUCAUCCAUGGGCAUAGCCCAGGGAAGGGAUCCCGGGCACAGCUCCCACUUCCAAGCUUAAGGCUGAUGCACUUUCCACAUCUUGAGUCUUCCGUGUAGCAGCUUUAACCCACCUCUGUGUCCCAUCUAGCCCCAAAUGGCUUAGUGGCCCCUAGAAAGGCUUACCCCACCCAGAGACCUAGGCUGGAGGAGUGGGGCUGAGUGAGGGCACAGGGCUGCAGGGACGUUCUUACUGUGCUAAAAAGCCACUGCAAACAUAGCAAUAAAAACACGUCAUUUUCCAAA